AGAAAUGGGGAAUUAGGGGCGACUUCUGCAACGACUCUUUCUGGGAACUUUCGAUUCCACGCUUCUAUAUACGCGGACUUCAAAGAUAAGAAAUCCAGGGAAAGCUUUUGGACAUUCAAUUCCCUGAAUCUCGCAUCAAAUCCUGGAAAAACCCUGUUCUGAUUCUUUCUAAUUAUAUACAAAAGUCUCUCUUUUUUCUUCUCUGCAUUUUGUUUUUGUUGAGUUUUCAUUUGACCAUUUGAUUACUCGUUCUGGUGUGGGAUUUGGAAUCCAAGAUUUCAAAUUAUGGGAACACCGCAAUUCCCUGACCUUGGUAAACAUUGCACAAGAGAAGAUUGCAAGCAGAUCGAUUUCCUCCCUUUCACUUGCGACCGCUGCCUUCAGGUAUUUUGUUUGGAGCACCGAAGCUAUGCUAAACACGGUUGCCCAAAAGCUGAUAGACAGGAUGUUACUGUUGUGAUCUGUCCACUAUGUGCCAAAGGGGUUCGUCUUAAUCCUGAUGAGGACCCAAACAUAUCGUGGGAAACUCAUGUAAAUACUGAAUGUGAUCCAUCAAAUUAUGAGAAAGUCACUAAGAAGAGAAAAUGCCCUGUUCGUGGUUGUAGGGAGGUGCUUACAUUCUCAAACACCAUCAAAUGCAGGGAUUGCACCAUAGACCAUUGCUUGAAGCACCGAUUUGGACCUGACCACGAUUGUCCUGGACCAAAGAAACUUGAGGCAGGUUUUCAAUUUCUGAGUCUUCUGAAUAGAAGUAGGAAGGAAGAAUCAAAGCCCAACAAAACUCCAGCUGCAUCUUCAACAAAGUGGGCCUCAGCCUUCCGCAAUGCAGCUUCAACCGUUCGAGCCUCAGCUGAAGCAGGUGUUGCAAAAUUGAGUACUGAGAUUAGCCAAGCUUGGCAGACUGCAAAGAGCCCCGCAGGCCCGAGCAGCAGUAAUGGUAGGGAUGCAAUUGGGCUAGAGGAAGAAUGUCCACAAUGUGGUGCAAGGUUUUCUUCGGUUAUGGUUCUGGUGGAGCAUGUGCAGAAGGUGCACGAAAGGAGUGCGAAUCAAUCUCGUGUCUUGAAGUUGCCUGUAGACGUGUGCCCCAAAUGUAGUAAAGGCUUCCGUGAUCCUGUGGCACUUGUUGAGCAUGUUGAGAGGGAUCAUGGAGGUACUUCAAAAGCUUAGAAAGUUUUGGCCAUCAAGCUGCAAAAUUCACUUCCAGAUUACUUGUAUUACAAAUUUUUAAUCAUUGCUUGCUUUCAUCUAUUUGAGGCUGUGGAAGUAAACAGCUUUUUGAGCAUUGAAUCAAUAUGUAGUGCUGGAAACUGAAACUUUCAAUUCAAACUGUUUAUAUGAAAAGUAUAAAUUGAUUACAGUCAAAUGAAAUCUUGUUUCUUUA